AUGCUUCGCUUGUUGCCUCGUCCUCGUUUUCAGUAUAUCUUAAAGCAUCUUGUUCGCGCUUCUCAUGCAUCCGAUCCUUUUACUGAUACAAAGGGACAAUUUUAUUAUGUGAUUCCUGAAAUACCUACUGAUACAGCACAAUCGAAUCCCUUAUUGCAUCUUGACACUCUUCCAAGAUUUGAGGACAUUAAAGUGGAUAAGGUGUUUACCGGCGUGUCGAAACAGAUAAUCGAAUAUCAAGUUGCAUUGUCGCAACUUGCAGAGGCUAUCAAAUCAAAUAGCUUUCCCAUUACUUAUGAAAACGUUGUCACGAAAAUCGACGAAAUUAUUUUUCCUGUCCAUAAUUCUUUCAAAAUAAUCGAGUGCCUUAUUUCUAUUAGUAAUGAUCCUGGGAUGCGAAUGGUGUACGGUCGUCUUUACUCCAAGAUUUUACGGGCACAGAGCGAACAUCUAUACAGUAAUGCAGAUAUUUAUUGCGCUCUUCAUCAAAUCCUCCUUCAUCUCGACUCCUCUGAAAUGCUCAAAAGAGGUGUUAUCGAACAAUUGCUCUCUGAGUGCUGGGCAAAUGGUGCCGCUUUAGUUGCAGCUGCAUCAGAGAAAGCCGAGUCCUGUAAAUGUUGCUCGAUCAGUCAUUUUCCCCAUAAAGGAAGCAAUGAGGCUUGUAAGAAGAACUUGGGCCAACUCCUUUAUACUCGUUCUGAGCUUAUAUUAGAAGAAGGCAUGUUUGAACGAAUGGUUACUUCUAGUGCUUAUGUCAGCUCCCCGGAAUCAAUGAGUCAAGCUGCUGCUACGGGUCGUUUCGACAGUGCUACAAAGAUUGGAGCUGCGAUCCCGAGUUAUCUUGCAAAUUCUAGGAGUGACACUUCUUCUGGUUACAUUCCAGUUGCAGAAUCAGAUUUGUCGGCAUCGGCUUCGAAUUGGUUCGCUUUUGCGCUCGGAGGUAAAGAGGAAGGGGGCUAUAUUAAGGGUAUGAGAGUCAAUCUUGGUAUUGAUGGUGUUGUUCAAGAAUUUCUCCGUCACUGCAGUAAUCGAGAUGUGAGUUAG